UGUUUAUGGCGUCUAAGCGGCAACUUGUUCUAUGUUUGUGAUAAUUUACUUUAGUUAAUGAGAAAAUGGAUGGUUUCACCAAUUCCAAAAUAGAGAAACAGACGAUAUACGAGAUAUACCGAGCAUGUCGGCUUUGCGGCGCGGGUGCUGGCUACAAAAUGCCAAUAAUAAAAAAUGUCGUGGACUUGGAUAGCGGGGAAGUGGAGUUGAAGCAAAAAGUCCGUGAGUGUGUUCAAAUCGAGGUGCAUCAAGAUGACAAAAUGCCCCCGCUAAUAUGCGAGCUGUGCGUGGACAAGGUCAAUGACUUCUACGAGUUUCUGGAGAUGUGCCGACAAACUAACAAACGGACUAGGCUCCGUCUUGGCUUGCCACCUCAGACAUUGCCUAGAGGAGCGCCUGAUGCAGGUGACUGCAUAUUAGGAGUUACUGAGCCAAUCUUCGUAGAUAACGAGGACUCCAAUGAGCCUAUUCUGAGGUCCAAAAGUAAAUCUGUAAAGAGUGUCAAAGUCAAGAAGGAACCAGAGAGCCGAGAAUCCCGAAAUAAGAAGGAUGGAAAAGAGCAUAAGAGUGAGAAGGAAAAGGAGAGAGAUGAACGUAGGAGUGAAAGAGACAAGUUCCUGCAUAGUAGAGUCAUAAAGAAGGAGGGUGGUCAUGACAGCAUAGAGCCCCGGACCCUUCGCCGCAGGGCCGCGAGUCCGCCUUCCAUCCCACCAGACAGUCCCGCGCGUUUGCUGAGAGGCACAAAGCGACAUCACGAUGAUGACGUUUCACUUAGCAGCAUACAGAAAUCUAAAAGAUCCGAUGAAACAACUCCCAGGUCCAUAUUGAAGCGAGACAGAGAAUCUGUUAAGUCCGUAGACUCAACAAAAGUGACAAGGUCGCGCGAGAAAGAAAACGAGAAAUUGUUCAACAGCAAGAAAGUCAAGAUCGUGAUAAACAAGAUGAGCUUAUUGCCCAAACCGCCGAGCCCCAAACCCCAACCGAAACCGUCGCCACACAGUAUGCUAAAGUGUAAGGUGUGCAAAAGUACCUUCGAUAACAGCAGGUCGCUCAGCAAUCACAUGAAGUCGCAUCCACACAGCAAGCCAGUCGAACGUAAAGCCUCCCCGCCACCGCCGCCCAGAAAGGAAUUAAAAAAAAUCGAAUGCAAGCAAUGCAAACGGGAGUUCAACGCCAGGAGCCUUAUGAAAAUUCACAGGUGCAAUGCAAAUGCUGUUAAAACCGCAGCCAAGGCCGAGCUAGUGCAGAGGCCUGUGUCGAAACCCGUGCGUAUUUCCACGCCCAAGAGAAGAAGUCAAGAAAUAGAUCCGAAACUACUGAAGCAAUUGCGGCCAUUACAAGUGAGAAUCUCGAAAUGCGACCCGCUGCUUGAGAACAAGAUCGGAGGCCACUACGACGCUGCAGACGUAGACUACGACUAUGGACUGGACAAAAGCUGCGUCUACCCAUAUAUCUACACUUUCAGACAUCUACGCAUCAAGUCUGAGCCCAGCUACAUGGUCAACAUACAGGACGAAAUCAAAAAAGCGUGUGACUUGGACGAGAGCUACGUCCACUGGGAUUCGGACGAGACUGACAGCGAUCUAGACCUUUCCGAUGCGAAAAAAGUCGAUACACUAACGUCGCUAUCGAUAAAAACUCUAUUCUCACCAAAACUAAUUGGAAAAGUACCUAAAAGACGCAAAAAGGUGAAAGUCGAUAAAGCAUUUGAUUCAAUACUGAAUUCCACUAGUGAUUUCGAUACGGACAUGCGUUUAGGUAUCGAUAACAUUAUCAACAGUUUAGGAGACGAAAAAGACAAAAGUGUUUUAGACACUGACAAUAGUGCUGCGUCGGAUAAAGUCGAUAGAACAGACAACGAUUCAUUGUUCGGUGACGAUAACUCCCCGGCCAUAACCAACGAUGAUUUUGAUUCACUUUUCAGUAAAGAUGCUAGUAAAACAUGCAAUGAUUCCACAGCUGAUAAUAAAAGUGAAGACAGUGUAGACAUUACAAGUUAUGCAUCGAAAUUACCAUUAGACUCGGACGAUAAAGUCGAGAAAAGCGAUAUAGUAUCAAGUAAAGAACAAUGUUCUAAAACAUUAGAGAAUAAGGAUAUUAAUGAAUCUGUUAGUGUUAGUGAAACCAAUAAAACAAAAGAUUCAGACGAAUCAGGUGUAUGUGAAGAAGGAAGUGAAAAUUGUGUAAAUGAUGUUAAUAAAGCGACAAAAGAUGUAAGUAAAUCAAGCGAUUUGAAUUUAGAUAAUAAUAUAGAUUUAAAACUUAGUGUAGAUUUUAACGCUGAAGAAAAUGGAGAAGUUAAUAGAGAUAAAGUUGUUAAAGAUGAUCAUACUACAGAUAUCGGUGAUGCAGAAAAAGAUAGUAAAGACGAGACAGCGGAAGCAAAUAAUGAUAAAACUCGCGUAAACGGACAGUCUGACUUAACAGAAGCGUUCAGUAUGGACGAUUUAGAGAAUGUGAGUGAUACCGAAAUAGAAGACAGUAGGUUAAUGGCAGCCCUGGAUAAACAAAUAGAUGAAAAUUAAACGAAUUAACGUGAUGUACAAAAUUAUAUCGAACACAGUUUCCGCGACAGUGAAAUCUACAUUAACGAAAGUGCUUUUAUUAUCUACGUUCAAAAAAACAUUAAAAAUUGUGGAUUAAUAGUGUGAAUUCGAUGGGAUAUUGCAGUAUUUAUAGUAAUAGAAACCCAUCAAUGCCUUAACACAUAUAACUGAAGCGAAUGAAAAAAUUACGCAAUGACAACCAAAACAUCGGCUGAUCAUAUUUAAGUUCAAUAGGAUCACAGAUGGCUAAGGCAAAAUGGUCAUAGAUCAUAUAGAAACAAGUUAAUACCAUGUCGCCGCCCGCGGCUUUGCCUAAGUUUGACAAUUCUAUAAACCAUUAGCAUCUUAUAUUGAAUCCUUAAGAGCCAUUG